UGUUCACAACGCAACGACCAUCCUGGGUAUUGCGUGGCGGACCUCGGUAACUUCAUCCCCGCGAUUCCCCAGAUUCACCCCAACCUUUCAGCAGGAGUCAGUGCUCAGAGACAAAAGGCAGACUUGCCGCCAUGUCAGCAAUUCCAAUACAAAUGGGUCUUCCCCAUUCAUCCCACAUCUCUUCAUCCGUUCCUGAAUCCUGAGACUCUCAAUUCAGAGAUUCUUUGUACCCACAUAGCAGGAUCUCUAGAAAGCAGCUCCCUUCUCUCCACCAUGAGCCUCACCAAUCCCGUAAUACCGUUUUCCGAACCACCCUAUAUCGCAGGACUACCGUCACCAUACUACAGCGAGUCGCACUUGCGAUGGCAAAAGGCAUGCCGCGCAUUCAUAUCCGAACAUCUUCUUGAGCAAGCGCUCGAAUGGGAUACCGAAGAAACGGUGCCAGAACAUGUCUUCACCACCUUUGCCAAACGCGGAAUGUUGAUUCCCAGUCUCCCAGCACCGCUCCCGGUGGAAUGGUUGAAGAAAGUCGGGAUCCACGAGCUACUAGGAGUUGUCAAGGUGGAGGAGUUCGACUACCUACACAGCAUGAUAUACAGCGACGAGAUGGCACGUACUGGCCUCGCAGGGCCCAGCGGUAGCAUGACAACAGGCAUGGCCUUCGGCGUACCCCCCAUCUUCAAAUUCGGCAACCGCCAACUUCAAGAACGCUUCCUCCCCGACCUCCUCCUAGGAAACAAACGCACCUGCAUCGCCAUCACCGAGCCUGAAGCAGGCUCCGACGUCGCCAAUAUCACCACCACAGCGACCAAGACCGCGGACGGGAAACAUUACAUUGUCAAUGGGAGCAAGAAGUGGAUCACCAACGGCAUCUGGUCUGACGUCUCGGCCAUGGCGGUGCGUACAGGCGGACCCGGUCCCACAGGUCUUAGCAUGUUGGUUGUGCCGUUGAAGGGAUAUCCAGGCGUCAGUAUGCGGCGGCUGAAAGUGGGCGGGCAGGUUUCGGCUGGAACCACGUUUAUCGAACUCGACGACGUGAAGGUGCCUGUUGAGAACCUCAUUGGCAAGGAGGGCAUGGGGAUGCGAUAUAUCAUGACGAAUUUCAACCACGAGCGCCUUACGAUCGCUAUUGGAGCUACCAGGCAAGCGCGCGUAGCGCUCUCCGCGGCCGUCGAGUACGUGAUGAAGCGCGAGGCGUUUGGGAAGCCGUUGGUUGAGCAGCCUGUGGUGCGGCAUCGGUUGGCUAAAGCUGGUGCGUUGUUGGAGAGCCAGUGGGCUUGGGUCGAGCAGUUUGUGUAUCAAAUGACCAAGUUGCCCAAAGAUGUUGCGGAUGUUGAGUUGGGUGGCUUAACUGCCAUGGUCAAGGCACAGGCUGGCAUGGUGUUGAAUGAGUGUGCGCAGACUGCGCAGUUGCUGUUCGGAGGCAACGGGUACACGAAGAGUGGGCAAGGCGAGCUCGUGGAACGAAUUUACCGCGAAACUCCAGGCAUAAGGAUCCCUGGUGGAAGUGAAGAUGUUAUGCUUGAUUUGGGAGUGAGACAGCUGGUGAAGAACUUCAAGGCGAAGACGAAGGCUAUGGAGAGGCCAAAAGGAUCUUCUAAGCUGUAGAAAGUGUAAUUGCGUAACUGCCCUAAGACCAUAGUACAACAUCUUCCCGAUUGUUUUUUUUUUCUUAUUUUUUCCAACAUGGCUCAAACCUAUGUGUACGCGAUUUCAGCGGCAAACCCAACAUGAACAGCAGUAACGCAAGUACAUCCAAUUGACCUUGCAGCUGUCCAGCCUUGAUCAUUGAGCUAUUCAAAUGCAUGUAUCGGUACAUG